GGAAUCGAUCCUUCCGCCAUCUCGAGGAAGGAAGGCAUCAUGGCGUACAGCAGCAGCGGACCCAUCGAUUGCCGCGUGUACGUUGGAAACUUGGGCGAUUCGGCCACCAAGGGCGAACUCGAGCGGCUGUUUCGCGUGUACGGCCCGCUUCGGAACGUGUGGGUAGCGAGGAACCCGCCCGGUUUCGCCUUCGUCGAGUUCGAGGACGCGCGCGAUGCCCGCGACGCCUGCAGCGAGAUGGACGGGCGGCACAUCUGCGGCAUACGGGCUCGCGUGGAGAUGUCUACCGGGGAGAAGCGCUCCAAAGCCCGCUGGGGACCACUACCAUCCCGAGGACGGUUCGAGGACCGCGGGAGCCGGCGCUCUCGCUCCCGCUCCCGCUCGCGCUCCCCACAACGGCGGCGACGCAGCGGGACGCGCUCUCCGCGGCGCUCCAUCCCCCCCGAGGCCCGGCGACCCCGCGACGGCUCGGCCAGCCGCUCCCCGUCCCCGACGCGCCACCGCCGCGGCUCCUACUCGCCCUCGCCGCUAGCGGCCGCCGCCUCGUCCUCGCGCCGCGCCCUGCGCUCGCCCUCCCCCGCGCGGGGGUCGCGCAGCGCCGCCAGCCGGAGGUCGCCGGCGCCGAGACGCCGCUCGAGCUCCCCGCGAGGGUUCGGCGGAGGCCGAAGGUCGAGCCGCUCGCCCGCGAGCCGCUCGCCGCGCGCCAACGGCACGCGCGCGACAUCGCGCUCGCGCUCGCCAUGAUGACGGCGGGCGCCGCGCCUCCCCCCCCCUAGCUCCGCCCCCCCCCCCUUCCUGGCCCAACCCCCUUAUCAGCUCCUCCACCCUUGCUCCGACCAUUCCUUUUCUCACUCCUUAUACUUACUCCACCUCCCUUCCCCUCGCUCCACCCCCCCUUACCUUGCCCACUUCCCUCGGUUCCACCGCUCUCGUCCCCCCCCCCUUCCGCACCUUGGCCCCCCCCCCCCCGCCCCUUCCUGAAUUUAAAGGAAGACGCAGUUAAAACAUUUAAUAAGGUUUUGUAUUGCGAUGGCGCUGCUGUCGGUGUUUGUUGUCGUGAGUCGCAGGUUCGUGUUGAGGGGGUCUCGUGACGGGCGGCGUGAUGUCACUCUCCGUGUGCGAGGACAGACCCCCCCCCCUCACCCCCCCCCCGGAGGAGGGCGUCUCCCAUUUGGUCGAUUCUGAGUAAGGGUCUCAGAGCGGUGGUGCAGUGGUUAGUGCGCUGCGCUAUGAGCCCGGAAACUUGAGUCCGAAUCUCAGCCAAGGCUAGCUUCAGCGGCGAGUUAUAUCUGAACCGGUCCUGGGACCACCCUCCCUCACCCUUUGACCAACCCGCACUGACCAGCGUGGUGAAGUACGGUCACGUAACCCUCCAUUGCCGACACGGCAUGGGGAGGCCUUCAUUAUCAAUUAGAUUAACAAAGGGCUGUAAGUCAGAGUGACUGUUGCCAAUGUGGUUGAACAAACGCUUAUCAAAAACCUUUACCUACGUUAGUCAUCCACACUGCCUGUUAACGGAAACGUUAAUCACAUAAAUAUGAUGGAGGCAAAUCGCUUAGUUCUAUUCAGGCGUGAUUGGUGACGGUCUUUGAUUUGUACUUGUGUUCCUUUAGUAGGCCUCAUCCACACAAGGUGGCACCGUCUUAAAUUCCCCACACAGACAGAGUUUGUCGCACGCCAAUCAAACUGAGCAUUGUAAUCUUCAGAACUGAAAUAAGCUAAGCCAAGUGACAAACCAAAUAAAAUCACGGCCGUUUGUUUUGCGACGGUUAUCCUGGAACUCGUUUAGACUUCAACUCGGAUAUUUGUAAAGCCGAUUUCAUCUUGGGUGGGUCACUCCUGGACUCCCAACCUCGGCUCUCAUUGGUGUUGGCUCGGCGUUCUUAGAUGACACUAAAUCGCUAAGCCACCACUAGUUUAUGCCAUUUGAAAACGCUUAGAUUCAUUGCAGUGUGACGGGUGAAAUCUUUAUAAACAAAUAAAAACGACAUGCUUUCCAAUUCUCAUAUCUUUGCUAUAUCACCAUGUACUGUAAUUACAGGUUUUAAACCCCCCCCCCCCCAUCCCUGUGUUAAGGGCCCAUGUUCUCGAACCUUCCACAGCUCCCAUCCCAAUGUACCACAUACCCUGGCCCAUUUGGGGGUCACUGGGACGCUCCUCUUGGGAUUGGAGGGGUGUGAACUCGGUGUUGCUUUAAAAUAUCGCUUUGACGUAGAAUUCGUGUCGAGGCAGGCCCCGAGUUGGUGUUGAAAGCGUUGGGUUUAGUCGUGCAGGCCAAGUGGGGUUGGGUGUUGAGGCUGUUUGAAUGGUCGGCUCCAGCGUUCUGCUGUGGGGUUAUAUCCCUCUGACAUCACUAGGUGGCACGAAUACCUCUUAUGCCGCGUGCGUUGAACGUGCCGAUGGUGUUGAGCGGUUGUCGCCGUGUCCAUCGCUGUAUUGACCCGACGUCCCGCAACCGACGCGUCAUGUGGGCGGGGGGGUGGGCGCGUCAUGUGGGUGGGGGGGGGGGGGCCCACCCCACCCCACCCCACCCCACCCCCUGGCCCUGCUUGGCCCGAGCCAGAUUAAAAUGCCUUGGCCAGCAAAAUCGCAGUUUUGGUUCCGACACGUUACAGGGGAAAAACCGUUGAGUGCUCCAUGCUGGGACGGCUCGGUUGUGCGCCAUCGGAAAAGGAGGUGGGGGGGGCGGUACAAAGGCAACCACGUAAACGUUGCAUUUUAACAUCGAGUCCAAGCAGCCUGUGGACAGAUGGCCUAGCUCGGAUGUAGCUUCACAAAACCAACAGCCGUUUGCUUUUUUUGGUUUGCGUCUUCCUUUAAACGAACUAGUUUUGGUGUUUAAAAUCGGGUGGUGGGUGUUGGAAUUGUUGUCGACUGCUAAAAGCGAGCGAGUCGGUUGCACAGGUGAGCGAGUCCAGUCGGCUGCGGGAAGCUUAAUUUUUACCCUUUGCUGUCCGUGCUCAUUCUUGUAAUCGAGUUGCACGCGUGGGAGUCCGAAGGCGUGUGUGUAGCGAUUUUUAAUUCGGUCAAAUUCUUGUCACCGGAGAGGCGACCGCGUCUCGCGUGCGUGCGGCAGGUCGCACGUGUCGAGGCCAGCAUAUCCCAUCGGGCAACGGUUGAGCCUCAAUUGGACCACAUGGCAUCAAUUAAAGCAACGGAGCUUCGUAGUGUAGAACACAAGUCUCGAUUAGCCAAUUUUGAGUAAAGCAUAAACGUGUAAAACGAUGGCGAAGCGUAGAUUAGAAUACAUAGAUUCCCCCGUUGAAGGAACAGCCUGAAUUAGACAAGUCUCAACGAAACAGUUUCUGUUCAUGGAUGAAAUGAUUCGGAGCCUCAAGACAUUUUGGGGUAGAUGCCAGAAUGAGGGUCGUCUUCUCAAGAGACAUUUCCCCGUCGCCAAUUAAUUCUGCUUCGGAAACGUUUUUAGUUGCGUGCACGCUGUAAUGAGUGAGAGGAUGCCUGGGUUAUUGGAGUUGGUGUAUCACACAGAUGGAGGUCACGAGGUCUGUUAAGUGCCCAUUGGAGGCAGUACAUCAAGUAGGUUAAUAAUGGGCCGUCAUGCCAGUUUCAAUCGACGUUUUAGAGAAAUGAAUGCGGGAAAUAAUACAAAUCUUCCCACGCCCAGGAGCCUCAUGGAAACAAGGUGAUUCUGAGUGAGGCUUCUUCCACUAAGUUCAGAGUGAUUAUUAUUGUUAGGAUUAUUUUCUAUUGCAUUUUGAAAUCUCAUGAAGGGAUCUAAAGAAAAUGUGCAAGUAGUCUUGGUGAGAAUUUGGGGUCGUAACAGCACGCAUGUUGUGAAUGUGGUGAGAUCACGGAUUUGUUGAGGUGGUUUGCCCCCCCUUAGCCUUCAUAUUCAGUGGGGUGAUAGAAAAUCCAUUGCCUGACAUUGGAGAAGCGGUGCUACAACAGCGGGUUAAUGUUGAGUCAAAAUAACAUUUAAGAACGCUUACCAAAUUUUCUAGCAGGUAUUUGAAAUAAUGUUUGGGUUGCGCUUUAUCUAAGAAAUUGAUGCAUCUUAAACAAAAAUAAAUGUGAGAAACGUGUAGAAAAUUUCGAGAAAAUCCUCAGGAAUUUGGAGAGAAAAAAACCCCCCCCACACACUAAGCAAUCCCUGGCUUCCAGUGCCUUCCACGUGUGUGCGCGUGCAUAGCGAGAGAAUCGGCGGGACCGGGGGAAAGAGAUUCGAGCGUGACGAUGAAGUGGCGUGAGCGACAAGAGGGGCUUUGAGGAGCGGAACGAGUUGUCCUCGGUGGAAAUUACAUCCUUGGAAUAUGGUUGGAUGAUGGUGGCGGACCCCAGGUUCCCCUGCAAGUGAAAGGGAACCUUGGUAGAGAAAUAACACGGCCUUUAUCAAGGCCCCCCCUCAUUGCUCUCUUGUCAGCAAACAGAUUUGUUGUUUGUCUCCCCACUUGCCCCCCCCCCCCACACACUCCUGUCUAGUUCACAUUGAGUUGUAAUUUUUUUCCGAAUGUGAAAAUUGAGGAUGCUUUGCCCAAACAGUUUUAGUGGUGGGGGGGGGGGGAGAUCUACACGUGCAGUCCCACAAUGUUAGCAACCCCACAAGGAAUAUCUCAAAACCUUCCUCAUACCGUAAUCACAUUUAUGGGGGAGUCCUUCUGAAGGUAAUUUUCUGUAGUUUUAGAAAAUGCGGUGAAUUAAAGUAAUGCUUUGACAACUGAAUGCAUCAUUGCCAUCCAUCCCAGCGGGUGUUAUAAGUCUUGAGUGUCCUUAACGAGGGAAAUUUUUGUCAAGAAAGGUGAACAAAUCGUGGAUGUUGAGAAAAAUCUGAAUCGGUACCAACAGGUUUGACGAUUGAUCAAUAACAACAAAAAACCCGCUGUCUUAUGAUUGUACAAAUGAUUAUCCACAUCUGUAAAGUGUCGGAUACGUUACGUCCAAAAAUUGUGGAGCUCCCCACUAGUGACAUUGGCGUGAAAUCCGCGUGACGUACGGGCUUGAGAGAUCAGGACUCGUUAACUACGGACUGGCUGUGGUGCUCCUCCCUGUGUCCGUCCUGGUCUUCUCUAAGCACAGCAAGUUUUUAACAGUGGUUUGUCCAUACUGGACGUCCGAACCCAGAGAUGAUUAUGGACUGAGUGGAACACCCAUCGCCCCCAAACAGGAUUUGAAAGCAUCGUGUGUUGGCACGCUCCCUGAAUCGCUCCACUCUGAAAAUGUACGUGUGGACCGGUCUCGGGCGAGGGAGCGGGGGGGAGAGAGGUCAUGCUGAUAGGUGAUUUGAUCCAAACCAUGAGGAUGCUGCGUGACGGGUAGUGUCGUGCUCGACACGGCGAAAUACGUGGAAAAUGUCGCGACGUCUUCUGCGCCGGCGAAAGAUUCGGUGUCUACGGGAGCGGGAAUCUACAUCUGAAAGGUAUCCAUCGUUUUGAUAGGGUGCUUGCUAAUGUGCUUAGAUAUCUUUGUAAACGAUAAAAAAAAAGGCGCUACCAGCCUUGGCUUGUCGAGAAGGGGGCAGCGGUUUUUUGUUAAAAUAUUAAAUUGAAGCUUGAACACAUGAUUAAAAUAACAAUCACAAAUGGUGACAGCAGCGUCAAUGAAAGAUAGUGGGGUAAGAUUUUUUUGUGUGUGUUGUGGAGGGCCAAUUGUGUCGUACCGAUGUCCCAAUGGUUUUAAAUUGUUUUUUUUAAUACCCACAAUUUUUACAGUUAAGACUUAGCCACCGGUGUGCAGUUGCCCAAAGUAACAGCUGUAUAUUCGCUUGGGGAAUUCAUAUUUUGUUUUCGUUAAGACUGCUUGCCUGCAGCAAGUCACCCUUGGCAUUGUACAAACCGUUUCGAUUUGGUUUUUUGUGACUUUGCGAGCUAGCAGCAGCCUGGAUGCAUAAUUCUUUUUCUUAAAGUGGUGUCUGACAAAUAUGAGCUCCUCCCGCCUUUUUCCAAAAUUGAACUCCCACCCCCCCCUCCCCCUUUUUUCAGUAUCAGUUCCAAUCGCCAGAUUUGCGUCAGUGUAAAUAUGGUCCUGUGCUCGGCGAGAGAGCGCCUAAGGUAAAAUAUAAUUGGUGUUCUCUUUUGCGUUGUUGAGAUAAAGCUUGCUGAUGACAAGUUAAAUGUUCUUUUUAGUUGCUUCACACUGGGGUUACACGAAACCCACCCCCCAUCAACUUUAUUCAGACUCCUUAAUAAUUUAGUCGAAACGUUUAAAAAAAUGCCCAUGGAUUGAAACACCUGGUAGUUGCGUCUGGUUUUGUUUUUCCAAAAAAAUGCAUAUUUUCAUUUUCUUCGGAAGAUCUCAAGGUUACCCGUGUAAAACAUGCCUGGUGUUAAACCACAAAUUUGGUGACGAGUCUUGAGUAGUAACAUCAUUAAGAAUGUACUCAUGUCGUAGGAUUCCGUUUAAGUAGAAUUUGUGUCAGGUUACGUUUUACAAUUAAAGUAUAAACUUCACAAA